AUGACCUACGAAGCGCACAUCAAAGAGUGGCAGGACCGCGCCGAGAAUUUGAAGCCGCUAAAUUUGAAGCAGAUCGAGCCUUUACUAUAUGAGCUUGACAAUCAUCUAACACUUCGCUCGCACAUAAUUGGAUAUGGCCUGACGGAUGCGGAUACUACUGUUUGGUCGGUAUUGAGAGGAAACCGCGUGGCACACGCAUACAUCAAGCAAGGACUGAUGCGAAACCUCUCACGCUGGUUCUUUUACAUAGAAGCUGCCUAUCCCCAGCAGACCGUUGUUGUGCAGGAAGGCAAGAACAAAGACGCCAGCAAAGCAAAGGAAGGUGGCAAGCAGAAGGAUGACGGAGCAAACUACGAUAUCGGACUCCAAGAUGUCGGUGAUGGGACCGGUGUCGUCACCAGGUUCCCGCCUGAGCCUUCGGGCUACCUCCACAUCGGCCACGCAAAAGCCGCCUUGCUCAACGAUUACUUCGCGCAUGAGAAAUAUAAGGGCAAGCUCAUCCUCCGAUUCGACGACACGAACCCGACCAAGGAGAAGCAGGAGUUCCAAGAUGCUAUUGUUGAGGAUCUGGCGCUCAUGGGCAUCAAGCCUGAUUCUGUCUCAUACACGUCCGAUUACUUCGAUCACCUGUACGACGUUUGCGUACAGCUUAUCAAGGACGGCGGUGCCUAUGCAGACGACACGGCGCAAGAGCGUAUGCGCGAAGAGCGUAUGGACGGCAUUGCCAGCGCGCGUCGCGACGCUGCAGUGGAGGAGAACCUGGCGCACUUCGAGGAGAUGAAGAAGGGCACCAAGGAGGGUCUCCGAUGGUGCAUCCGCGCCAAGAUGUCGGUGGAUGACCCGAACAAGGCUCUUCGUGACCCGGUCAUUUACCGCUGCAACCCGGAGGAGCACCAUCGCACUGGGGCCACAUGGAAGAUCUAUCCGACCUACGACUUCUGCUGCCCUAUCGUGGACUCUCUUGAGGGCGUCACCCACGCUCUUCGCACAACCGAGUACAACGACCGCGAUGCGCAGUAUCAGUGGUUCAUCAAGACGCUCAAGCUGCGCGGCGUGUACAACUGGGGCUUCGCUCGGCUCAACUUUAUCCGCACUUUGCUUUCGAAGCGCAAGCUCACCAAGAUUGUGGAUGAGGGCGUCGUAACGGGUUGGGACGAUGCCAGGAUGCCGACCAUUAGAGGCGUCCGGCGCCGUGGAGUCGUCAUCCCCGCUCUACGUGAGUUUAUUCUAAAGCAAGGCCCAUCGAAGAAUAUUGUGAAUCUAGAUUGGCAUUCAUUCUGGGCGACCAAUAAAAAGCAUAUCGAUCCGGUCUCUGCCCGUUACACCGCCAUCGCCGACGCCGCCAAAGUUCCUGUCACCGUUGUCGGAGCCCCCGCCGGCGUCGUCACCGAGGAGAAAGCCAAGCACGCCAAGUAUGAUCUCGGCAACAAGAAGGUCGUUCUCAGCAAAGACAUCUUCCUUGAGCAGGAGGACGCGCAGUCGUUCGCCAAGGACGAGGAGAUCACGCUCAUGAAUUGGGGUAAUGCCAUCGUUCGUAACAUUUCGCACUCCAUCAACCCUCUGGCCUCCCCCUCCGGACUCAAGACCGUGACCGGUAUCGAGCUCGAGCUCCAUCUCCAGGGCGACGUCAAGAAGACGUCUAAGAAGGUGACGUGGUUGUCUACGGACCAAAACCUCGUCCCUGUUGAGCUCGUUGACUUCGACUACCUCAUUACAAAGGACAAGCUUGAAGAGGAUGAUAAGCUGGAGGAUUUCUUGAACAAGAACACGAAGACUGUGACCAAAGCAGUUGCGGAUCUGAAUGUGGCGGACCUGAAGGUCGACGAUGUAUUCCAGUUCGACCGCAAGGGAUACUUCAGAAUCGACAGGGCGUUCCAGCAUGGCGAGCCGGCUGUGGCGUACAAGAUUCCGACGGGCGGCAAGUAG